GCUGAGCGCUUACAUAAGCAGUUAUUUCCAGUUCUGUUAUCCUGCCCUGCACAGGGGAGUCUCCUACAGGCUGUAAACAGCUCAGAACUUCAGAAGGGGAUCAGCCGCCGCCAUGUCUGUGUCUCACAGUUCCAGACUCAACAAGGGGGUGAGGGAGCAGUAUAUGAACCUGCCUCAAGGGGGGAAGGUCCAGGUUACCUAUGUCUGGAUUGAUGGGACGGGAGAAGGGGUCCGCUGCAAGACAAAGACCUUGGACUAUGAGCCGAAAUCCAUCGAGGAGGUCCCGGAAUGGAACUUUGAUGGGUCCAGCACGUACCAGGCGGAAGGCUCAAACAGCGACAUGUACCUGGUCCCGGUGAACAUGUUCAGGGACCCGUUCUGCCUGGACCCCAACAAGCUGGUGAUGUGUGAGGUUCUGAAGUAUAACCGGAAGCCUGCAGAGACGAACCUGCGCAACACGUGUAAGAAGAUAAUGGACAUGGUGGCAGAUCAGCGCCCUUGGUUUGGCAUGGAACAGGAAUACACACUGCUUGGCAUCAACGGGCACCCAUAUGGCUGGCCUGAGAACGGCUUCCCGGGGCCACAAGGUAAGAAACUUAUCAGAGAGGUCUGCAGCCUCAGCCUCAUCUGGUGGAGGCUUCAACCUUUAUCUCAAUGGACCUUUAAUAGCGGAACCGUCUGUCUUGUGUACUUGGGUCAUUUAAUAGGCGUCCUGUCAUUGGCAGCUGAUGGGUCUUAGCUGGGGAUAUGUUGC